CAAAAUCAAAGAUUAUCUUCGUUUAGCUCCGGCACUUUGAUUUUUUUUACAUCUUGUUUACCGGCAACCACGUGUUUACUUCCCCUUAGUCUAGCAUUAGCUAGCGUCUGCCUUUUACAUGUAUUGUAUUUCUCGCACACUCCAAAAUGAUUGACAAGCUGACGUCUCAGAAACAAACAAAGGUGACGAAAAAACCCAGCAAAGUUUGAAUGUUCGUCUUCUUACCAGAGAGGCGAGGCCAUUGCUCGACGCCAUCUUUGUUGACCAAAGAUCGUCUAUCGUGCGAACAAGGAGCAGAGAACCAACAGUUGAUCUGUCAUGAACAAGGCGGAGGGUCUGGCCACUCCCGUCCACUUGGCGUCCUCGCGAGGCCCGAGCACGCCGGGCUCCCCCGCCGCCAACGCCAUCACGGCGCGUGUGGACGAGCAGGUGGUGCCGUACCGGGACCUGGCGGCGCUGCCCCGGGACAAAGCCAUCCUGCAGGUGGAGCGACCCGACCUGAUGACCUACCAGCCGCACCUCACCUUCUCGCCGCUCGACAUGCCACGCAGAGAGCGAUCCCUGUCGCCUCCCGCCACCUCCCCCGCCAUGUCGCCUGAGGUGAAGGGGCGGCGAGCGGAAAGCGACGGCGGCGGCUCCCCCGGAGGCUCCAUGCUGCAACUGCAGCCCGGACGCAAAAUCAGCGCCAGCCUGCAGCACUUCCACCGACCAGAUAACGGCGCAAACAUCUACAGUAAACCUCCCAUCUACAAACAAGAAGCCUCCAAGCACCCCGAAGGUGGCGGCGUCAUCCAGUCGGCAAAGUUCCCGGCCGCUCAGCCUCCGGACCCCAACCAACCCUCCAAGAUCGAGACCGAGUUCUGGCCCUGCCCGCCGUCGCUGGCCGCCAUGGAAAUAGAGCGGCGCUGGAAGAAGAUGGAAGAAGAAGACGACGACGACUUUGACGACUUGACAGACGAAGCCAAGACGCUGCAAGAACAGGAACUAGAGAAGAUCAAGUCCAACCUGGGACGUCUGAUCCUGAAGGAAGAGAAGGAGAAAGCGUCUUCUUUCCGCAGGAAGACCCAGUCCCUCCCUGACAGAGGUCACAUGCACACCAGUCUGGCGGCGAGCGCUUCUCAGUCACCGUCCCGUUCGGGCUCGGGGCUGACCAGAAUGCAGUCGGCCGACUUCCCCGCGGACGCCGCCGCGCGUACAGGUGGGAGGAAUGGCGAGGCCCAAAGGGAGCGCAUGGAUCGAGGGAACUCGUUGCCGAGCAUCUUGGAGCAGAAGGUGUAUCCCUACGAGGCGCUGAUAGUCACCCACAGGGGGCGAUGCAAACUUCCUCCCGGAGUGGACCGCACUCGUCUAGAGAGACAUCUGGCGCCGCACGAGUUCCAGCAAAUUUUCGGGAUGAGCGCUGGCGAAUUCGACCGCCUAUCUCUAUGGAGACGAAAUGACCUGAAGAAGAAGGCCUUGCUCUUCUAACAGGAAGUGACAUCACGGCCAAGCAAGUGUUUGGCUACACCACAGCACGCUAACAAACGCUACUUAGAAAGCAGCUUGUGUUGUCAUGGUUACCAGCGCCACCGCGAUGUGGCGGCGCUCUCCAGUCGACUCCCCGGCCUCCCAUGAGGAAUUAUCCGAUCACAGCUUUGGACUUUUCACGUGUUGCUCGCCGCCAUGUUUCAGGUUCUGAUGUUUCACUGCUGCCAAUAAACCGCCCACAAACA